GUUCCAGUUAUAUUCAUUUCAAUGACCUUGACUUGCACUUGUCAUUUUCCCGUGACUUAUCUGUUAUCAGAAUAUGUUUGAUAUUUAAAAAACUUCACUUCCCUUUUGUUGAAAAUAUUUAUUUUUAUUCCAGGAAUAAUAAACGAUGGAUGGGAGUGGCUUCAUUAAUAUCACAGAAAUAUGUGAAAAGAAUCACACUCAAUUAACCGCUGAAGAAUUUGAUAUCUGGUUGGAAGGGUACUGCGAUGCGCCCGCCUCAACAACAGAGAGACACAUAGAAAUAGCACCUUCUACUCCCUCAACAAUGGGCUAUGUCGUUUACUACUCAAUCCUCGUGUUUGGUGGAAUCACCUUGAACUUGUUGGUUAUGAUCACGAUAUUCUCCCGAAAUCGACUUCGAACAGUUCCAAAUGCAUUCAUGGUAUCGUUAUCUGUGGCAGACUUUUUAAUGGCGACCGUUGCAAUUCCCCUGAGAAUAAUGGAGCGUUUGGACAAAAACAACAAUUAUGUUAUGACAUCUAUUUUAUUUCCAUGCAUUGGGGUAGCAUCCAUAUUUAGCUUAUGCUGUGUCACACUCGACCGGUAUAUGCAUAUACGACACCCUUUAAAUUACGAGAAGCACAUGAACAAGAUGCGAGCUGUCGGAAUAGUGGUCGGUUUAUGGGUUUUUUCCAUCCUCCAAGCAUCCGUGUUUUUUCUUGUCAACGAAAACCGCUACAACGAAGCAAUUUACAACGAUGUACGACUUGCGUAUUGUUUUGUCAUCCCCGCCAUUUUUAUCAGUGUCACUUACGCUAAGUUAUUCCUGAUAGCCAGAUCGCAUGCGCGUGUUAUUGCUACAACUUCAGUCACAAUCCCUGAUCGACCAUGGACACAGAAAAAGGAUUUCAAAAUACUAAAAAUUAUAGCUUUAAUCGUUGGCACUUUUGUUCUUUGCUGGUUUCCAUUUCUUCUUGCAGUCAGCUACGAGCUCCACACUGAGGACUUAGGUCGAGAGUUCUAUUUGUUUAUGGGUAUCGCAGAAUGCUUUGCUUGCAGUACGUGUGUGCUGAACCCGGUCAUUUACGGCUUGUUGAGAAGAGAUUUACGGAUAUCAAUGAGAUAUGUGGCUGCAUGUAAAAGAGAAAGUAUUGAAGAGAGUCAAUCCCUGUAGUACAAACAUGCAAAAUAUAUUCAGCUCACUGCCCAUUGGGGCUUUCCAGUGACCGAUAAGAUCAAGUAGUGUGCUUACUUAUAUUACUUACUAGCCUGGACUAUUUAUCUUUACAACAAUUGUGAUAUUAUUUUCUUAACUGUAUGUAUAUCCUAACCGGGCUAACUCACCCUGUCAGAGGAAACCGGAGCACUGAUGGAAAACCCACAACUUGCCGAGCGUUGACAGACACUUUUCACAUGAUAUAAUCUUGAACUCUUUGCCAGUGUACGUAGUGCCAAUCAAAUUGCAUCUGAAGCCCCUGCCGUGAGAUCCCUACUAAGAAACACUUGAUGCCAUUGGCGCACGCGGGAAAAUAGGGGGCAAAGGAAGUUGCCCGAUUUUGCUGCAUUUUGCCCAACUAAUAAAAAUAAAUUUACCCUGCUAAACUUCCAACAUUUUCGUGCGGGAGGGGGAUGGUGAAGGCACUAAUUUUUUUCGAUAACAUAUUUCUUGCUUUUUAAUUUAUUUCCCCCAUCUCGUUGCGCAACUUACGUUUAUAAUUUAGCCGACUUCAAUUUUUCUGGGGGAAAGGGGCGACAUUGCCCCCUCCGUCUAUUAAGUUUAUGCUUCACUGCUCCAUUAGACUUGCUCCAAGUCUCUCUUUCAUUGUCAUAUAGUAUCGAUCCACUAUAGUGUACAUUACAUGACGUAGUACAGAGGGGCGGAGCGAGAAAAAGAGACUUGUCAACUUCGGAAAAUCUCGGUUCAAAACUGAACCGAAAAUGCAAGACUUGGUUCAAUUGUUUUCCUUCAAUUUCUUUCUGUAUUAUUUACUAUAAUGGAACUCGUGUUAUUUACACUGUGCUAGAUCAAUACAUAUAAACACUGACAGAAAACAAUUGAACCAAGUCUUGCAUUUUCGGUUCAGUUUUAAACCGAGAUUUUCCGAAGUUGACAAGUCUCUCUUUCUCGCUCCGCCUCUCCGUGCUACGUCAUGUAAUGUACACUAUAGUGGAUCGAUACUAUAUGACAACGAAAGAGACUUGGAGCAAGUCUACUGCUCCAUAGGUCAUUGAUUUUUUGUGGAACAAGCUCUGCAUGUUGUAAUUAAAUUUUCGAAAAGCUUUUGGUCCGCAUUGAGCGAAAUGUCAGGUCUUCAUU